CACUGUCUCGCGCUAACCAGUCCGUUUCUCUCCUGUCCCGCCAUGUCACACACCACCGCGCUUCAUGGCAGCGCAAAGGAGGAUAUCCUCCAGUCGCUCUACAACCAAUUCACUAUCGAUGAUCAGCGUCUCUUCAAGAUCACUCAAACAUUUCUAUCAGAAAUUUCCGAUGGUUUGUCCAGUUAUGGUCGUCCCAUGGCGAUGAUUCCGACCUUCGUAAAUGGUGUGCCAGAUGGUUCCGAAACGGGAACGUUCCUCGCCCUCGAUCUUGGUGGGACUAACCUUCGCGUUUGCGAGGUCACUCUGCUCGGAGACAAGACCUUCUCCCUCCGGCAGCAAAAAUACAAAGUCUCUGAGGCCCUCAAGACCGGUGAGGCGACCACUCUUUUCGAUUACCUUGCCGACUCCGUGGAUGCCUUCCUCACGGACACCCCUUCCCAAGACUACGACUCUCACGUAUCUCACGCUGACGAGGACAGUCCAUAUGUUCCCCUGGCCCUCACCUUCUCCUUCCCUGUGGAACAAUCUGCUCUCGAUUCAGGCGUCCUCCUCACCUGGACCAAAGGUUUCUCUGCAAAAAAUGCCAUUGGAAAGGACGUCGUAAAACUUCUUCAAGACGCGUUUGACCGGAAACACAUUCAUGUCAAGUGUGUAGCUCUCGUCAACGACACCGUUGGAGCUCUUCUUUCACGAGCAUAUACGUCUGGCGGAUGCAUUCUAGGUGCUAUUUUUGGAACAGGAACUAAUGGGGCUUAUGUCGAGGAAGUCUCCAAGAUCACAAAAUUAAGCCAGAACCAUACAGUUGCCGCAGGUGGUGAAAUGAUCGUGAACACCGAGUGGGGCGCUUUCAACAACUCUCGAAGUGCCUUGCCAACGACUCCAUAUGACAAUAAGUUGGACCGCGAAUCUAUUAACCCACGUUUCCAGGCUUUCGAGAAAUUCAUUUCGGGAAUGUAUCUGGGGGAGAUCACCCGAAACGUGAUUCUUAGUUUGAUUGAUGCCGCUCCGCAACCCCUCCUCUUCGGAGGUCGAUCCUCGGUUCCACUGAAUAAGCAAUGGGGACUGGACACUGCAGUUCUCAGCGAGAUCGAAGAGGCAUGGGAAGGUCUUGGGAAGUUCUCUCCACCAGAACAAGGUUCCCCAGAAGCUCAAAAGGCGGAAAAGUUACGGCGGAUACAAGGAAUACUGGCGCACCGACUAGAGUUGUCGCCGCCUGACAUUUCCCUCGCGGAUGCGGACAUCGUCAGACAAGUGUGCAAUCUGAUAGCAUCGAGGGCUGCACGCAUGAGCGGAACGGCUGUAGCUGCUAUACUGGUUCAUACUGGGAGAGCACGGCUGUGGGUCCGCGGGGAGCAAAGUUCUGCUGGGCUGAAGGACGAAGGCAAAAGGAUUGGUGUUGGGGUAGAUGGAAGCUUGGUCGAGUUCUAUCCCAACUUCCAAACCAAGCUGCGAGCAUCGUUACGAGCGCUUGUUGGUCCCGAGGUGGAAAGCCGUGUCGAUAUUGGUAUGGCCAAGGAUGGAAGCGGUGCGGGUGCCGCCCUCUGUGCGCUCGUUGCGCAGAAACAGAGUCAAGCCAACCAUACAAACGGCGCAUAUGAGUACGACCACAAAGAUAUUAAGGUUACGCCGCCCAUCGAAGUUGCAUACAUUUCCUCCUUGUCGCGGUGAGAAGAAUCCGUGUACAAUUAGAAGACAGACGAUAGGAUGUAUAAUGCUGGGCAGUAUUCAUUUGUGUAUCGAAUCCGUUAGACUGUUGUUAUUUUGCUAGACGCUUGUACUAUGUUUGAGUCCGUAACAUGUACGUUCAAGUUAUCAAAUCAUUUCUUGAUGGUUA